AUGACGAGCGACGUCUUCUUGACCUCGUGGUCGCUCAUCCACGUUCUUCUUGCCUGCUCGCUCGCGAGCAUCAUCCUCCUCCUUGUACGCACCCUCUGCGCCCGCAACCACCGCGGCAAGCUCGCCAAGAACCUCGGAUGCUACGCCUGGGGACCAGCAUACCCAUACCUCGACCCCAUCUACGGAUGCGACUACGUCUGGGAGAACGCGCGCAACAUCUUCGCGCACCGCUUCGCCCAAGGCGUACGUGAGCGCUUCCAGAAGUACGGACCCACCUACUACUCUCGAGUCGCCUUCCAGAAUGUCAUCCAUACCAUUGACCCGCGCAACCUCGAGGUCGUGAUGGGCUCGAACAACCACCACUACGACAUCAUUCCCCACCGCCGCAAGCUCUUCCGUCUCCUGUUCGGCGACGGAAUCUUCACGUACAACGGACCGGAAUGGAAGCACUCGCGGCAUCUCGUCAAGGGCAGCAUCGGCACCCUCAAGGUCGACAUGGGCCUUCUCGAGAAGCACUCCCUAAUAUUGAUCGAGAACAUCCGCAACAUCGCCAAUGCUACUCCUACCAAGGCCAUCGACUUCGUAGCUCUGGCCAACACCUACAAUUUCAACGCCGCAGCGGGUUUCAUGUUCGGAAAGCUCUCGGGCCAAGUGCCAGACGACAAGAGCCAGUUUGCGGCUGACUUUGCCAGUCUCAACGACAUGGGCCAGCAGAUGACCAUCUUCAUCCGCGAGCACAUCAAUUUCUUCUUCGCAAAGCGCAUCACGGCAGCACAAGAGCGCAUCUUCGCUUUCGUCGACGAUUGUAUCGAGCAUGCACUGAGCCUGCCAAAGAGAGAGUCCCUCAUGGCAAAGCACGACUCCGUAGUCGAGGGACUCGCCGCCCGUGAGAAGAACAUCGACCGCGUCCGAGGCGAGACCCUCAAUCUCUUCCUGGCAGGCUAUGACACCGUCCGCAUUGGCUUUACAGAGGUACGUUCAACUCACACUCCCAGGAAAAGAAACUCCUACUGACUCGAUCCACACAGAUGUUCUGGCACCUCGUCCGUAGCCCCGAGUCCUGGCGCAAACUCCGCGCCGAGAUCGCCCACCUCGAAAACCGCGCCCCAACGCUCGAUGAACUCAAGUCCUUCCCCUACCUCAAGAACAUCAUCUACGAAGCCUCCCGUCUCUCCCCUCUCCUCGCCGUCCACGGCCGCAAAGCCCUCCGCGACACUACCCUCCCAUUCGGCGGAGGCCCAGAAGGCGAAGGCCCCCUCCUGGUAGAGAAAGACACCUACAUCGCCUAUUCCAACUACGCCCUCCACCGCAACCCCGCUGUCUUCGGCGAAGACGUCGAUUCCUUCCGCCCCGAACGCUGGGAGAACCUCAAGCCCGGCAAUUACGAAUACCUCGGUUUCGGACAUGGACCUCGUGCCUGUCCCGGUCAAGACAUCGGACGUACCGUGGUAGCUUUCGCCACCGUACGACUCGCCCAGGCAUUCGAAUCCCUCCGUCCCUACGAUGCCGAGGAGAAGUGGGAGGAAGCCGGCUCAUUUUCUUUCUACAACCGCCAUGGUGUCAAGAUCCUCGCUACUCCGGAUGAGAAGUUUGAGGUGAAGGGAGACGGGGUAAACGUUCCAGGGGAAAUGCUUGGGAUGGAAGAUGUGGUUGUUUAGGAUGGGGAGUUGAAGCUCCCGAUUUGAGAUUCGCCGAGUAGAGGAUAAGUUGUGAGUUUGGAUGCAGAGGAGAAAAAGACAGAGAAAGAGACUGAGAUCACGGGAGCUGUGUUUUUCCUUUGUUGCGGAUAUCAAAAAGUAGGGGCGCUUGUAGCUCUCUUUGGGCUUAAGGCGGUAGACGGUACUACUACAUGGAUAGACUGUACAAUAGACACGAAGAAAGGCUUUUCACCUCAGGAGCGUGCUUGGGUCUUUCCCUUCGUACCGCCCACUGUUGCCGUCCAUUAUCACCUAGAUCUCACCCGACGGCCAGAAAUAUGUGCACGGACUUUUCUGUCACAUGGGCAUGACUUGUUCGUCGACAUAACUUAUCGUUCCCCGCAACAUGGACUCUCAGUGCGAAAUUCUAUGUACCAAAUGCAUUUUUGCCGGGCACUAGAGGUCUUCGUGGUCUCACAUUCCUUUUUUUGUUUGGACGAAGAAAUUUGAUGCCUGAGGCAGAACUCGGCUCAUCUCCGAGAUUUCUCCAUCCGUACCUUUCCCAUCUUCUCUCGCACCGACAUCACUCUUCCCUAACAACCCCUAUCGACCCCAUCGCACUUUCUGUCCCUGCUUGCGAACCUCCAUGUUGAUGAGAAUGGCAAGAACAUGCUGGACUGCGAUGCGCCGAGAACGGACGAGAGGCAACGAAGGUGAGGGGGCGAUCAGCAUCUCUCCCUCGGUGUCGUGAGCUUAAUCCUGCCUCGCGAGAAUGUGAAACAUCUUUGCCUGGCUGCGAUCUUUUAGAGAAAGACACAGGCAGCGGUGUAGCACUUGCGGUGGCUGUAAAAUUAAUCGAGACCUGGAUUCGAAUACCGGACGACUGGGAUAGAGGGAUAGACGUCGAGUUCUAUUUGGACGCAACGCGGCGCAUGUUAUGGAGCGCUGCAUCAGGCCGGUCAUAGGUGCGUCGUCUAGGAGAUGGGCACUUACUCUGCCACUGUCUCUUCGAUACUCACAGCAGACGUCGAUCUCCGCUACACGAAAAUCCCAAUCCCACAGAACGUUCGCCACACAACCAGCCAGUCUCGAAAUCGAAAAAAUAGCAGGGAGCUGCGGCGCCAUCAUCAAAAACAUAAACCUCAAAAACCUCGACCCCCCCAACACAAACGCGAUCCGCCAAUCUCUCCUCCAAAACGGCGUCAUCUUCUUCCGCGACCAGGACCUCUCCCCUCAACAAUUCCUAGACUUCACUUCCCACUUCGGGGAACCCGUCGAAUACCCCUUCGUCAACGGAAUCGAAGGCUUCCCGAAGAUCAUCCAGGUCCUGAAGAAAGAAAACGAAAGAACGAAUUUCGGAGGCGUCUGGCAUAGCGAUACCACCUACCUGCCCGAACCCCCGAUGGCUUCCGUCCUGCUCGCGAGGGAAUUACCGCCUUUUGGAGGUGAUACGAUGUUUGCGGAUCAGUACCUCGCGUAUGAAGCUCUAUCGGAUGGGUUGAAGAGUCUUCUGAACGGGGGGUUGAGGUGUAUCCAGAGUUCCGCCAAGGCUGCCGCUUCGAAGACGAGGGAGGAUCGGAUUGCCGAUAGCGGGACGCAGACGGAUCAUAUGGAACAGUCACACCCCGUGGUGCGCACGCAUCCGGAAACGGGGAGGAAGGCGCUGUUUGUGAAUGUGGCGCAUACGGAUCGGUUUGAGGGGUGGACGGAAGAGGAGAGUAGGCCGUUGUUGGAGUGGUUGUUUCGGCAUCAGAUUCAACCGGAAUUUACUUGUCGAUUGAGGUGAGUAGAUGUCCUUUUAAUAGGAUCCGGAAAAUCCUCGAAGAUGCUGAUGUGAACUUUGCUAGGUGGGAACCGAAUACGAUUGCUUUUUGGGAUAAUCGAUGUGUACAGCAUUAUCCGCUGAACGACUAUCAUGGCUUUCGAAGGAGGAUGUUGCGCGUCACUUUGGCCGGGGAUAAGCCGGUCUGA